AUUCUGUGACACGCUGGCGUUUGCUUAGUGGGUGUUGGAUUCAUUCUAUAAAACGACUAUUUAUAAUGCUAAUACACUUCGUACACUAAAGUGUUAUUGCAUGAAUAUCGAAUUAAAUAUGCGCAGAAAACCUAUAGUUUGUUCUGGCAUAUUUCGUAACGGAGUGGUUUUAAUAAAUUCGUAUGAAGAAUAUUAUAAUAUGUUCGGAUUUUCAUUAGGUUUUAAGCAUUAUUUAAAUAUCCGUGGUAGCAAGUUAUAAAUUGUAUUUAUUUCAAAAUGGAUGAAUUAUAUGAUGUUGUGAUUCUUGGCACUGGUCUCACUGAAUGUAUUUUGAGUGGCUUGCUUUCCAAAAGUGGGAAGAAGGUUCUUCACAUGGACCGUAAUCAAUAUUAUGGUGCGGAAUCCACCUCUUUAACACCUUUACCGGAAGUGUACAAAUAUUUUGGCCUACCUGCCCCGAAUUCGUGUGAAAAUCCGCGCGAUUGGAAUGUGGAUGUCAUCCCGAAGUUCCUGAUGGCAGAUGGAAAGUUAGUGAAGCUUCUCAUCCACACAGAUGUGACGCGAUAUCUGGAGUUUAAAUCUGUUGAAGGAAGCUAUGUGGAAAAAAGUGGAAAAGUCUAUAAGAUUCCUUCCAAUGAAAGAGAAGCCCUUAGUACCAGUUUAAUGGGUAUGUUUGAAAAGCGCAGAUUUCGUAACUUCCUCGUAUGGUUAAGUGAAUACAACGAGGCCGAUCCUAAAACACAUAAGGAUGUGCCACCAAAAACGCCAAUGUCCGAUGUUUUCAAGAAGUUUGGAUUGGAUAAAAAUACAAUUGAUUUUGUUGGCCAUGCAAUGGCGCUUCAUCGUACAGAAGAGUUUAUGACAGCUCCCUGCAUGGAUACUAUACAGAGAAUCCAGCUUUACAUUGAAUCCAUCAAGAGAUAUGGAAAUUCACCCUAUCUAUACCCACUGUAUGGCUUGGGAGAGAUCCCGCAAGGCUUUGCCCGUCUAAGUGCAAUCUAUGGUGGUACUUACAUGCUGAACAAGCCAAUUGAAAAGGUGGAACAAAUAGAUGGUCAAAUUGGUGUUACAUCAGAAGGUGAAACAGUCAUGGCAAAAAUAGUGGUCGGUGAUCCAUCCUACUUCCCAACAAAGGUGCAGAAAGUAAGUCAAGUUAUUCGGGCUGUGUGCUUUUUGAAACAUCCAAUAACCAACACGUCUGAUGCAAAGUCAUGUCAAAUCAUCAUUCCUCAAAACCAGGUCGGCCGAAAGCAUGACAUUUAUGUUAGUUGCGUUUCAUCCGCUCAUAAUGUCUGUGCCAAGAACUGGCAUCUGGCCAUUGUUUCAACAACAGUGGAAACUGACAACCCUGAACAGGAGCUUGAACCCGGCCUGAAGCUUUUAAAGCCAAUUGCGCAAAUGUUUACAAAAGUUAGCGAUAUUUACCAACCCACUGAUGACGGCAGUGAGAGCAAGAUGUUCAUCUCCAAAAGCUACGAUGCCACAAGUCACUUUGAAACAACAUGUGACGAUAUCCUUGAUAUUUACAAGCGGAUAACUGGAGAAGAUUUCGACUUUUCCAAGGUCGAGAAAAAAGAACCAGAGCAAGAAUAAAUCUCCAUAAUAAAGUCUGUUAAAACUCCACUGACUAGUUGGGCAGAAGAUGAACCUUAUUUUCUGGAUUACAUAAUUGUCUAUUGAUUAUGUGCUGUGUAUUGUGUUAUAUAAUGAUCUCAAGAACAAAUUCUUCAUUGGCAUCUGUUUUAAAAUUUCAGUCCAAAUCCAUCAUAUUUAUCAUUGUAUUAAGUGUUCAGUUUACCAAUUGGAAAGCAAAAAGUGACUUAUUUAAUAUCACAUGUAUCAUUAGUGUGUAUUAUCACAAGUACCUAUUAUCUCAUAAUCAUUACAAUAAUGUAGCAAAUUGUUAUAAUGACGAGUUUGGUCAAAACCCUAAGGAAUCACCUUGUGUCCGAUUCAAUAAAUUUUAAUUUUCAAAUUAUCAAUGAAGAAAAAACUGUUCCAGUAUGUUUUAUUAAGUAGACGUUAAUAAAAGAUUUGUACAUUUCGUUCUAAACUAUUUUAGUUGGUGUGGUUGAAAUAAGCUAAAUGUUAUUGGGAUAAUGCAUCUAUAUAGUCUAAUAUAUUACAUAUCGUUCUGCGCUUUCUGUUAUAUCAUAGCAGACUGUCGGUGUGUUUGUGUUAUUGUGUACCUACAUUGUCAAGUCAUGUUCUUAAUAUUCACUGAUUUUCUGUGUGCCUCCUGCUAAUCAAUAUAUCUCAUGAAUUGCCACUAUGUUGGAAAAGUUUAAAUCCAAUUAAGCUGCCAUAUAUGCCAAGCUAUAUCGUUUUAUUCCAUACAAAUUUACUAUUGAAGCAAUGGUUUGACUUUUGAGUGUUGUUAAGUAAUAGGAAAUUCAAAAUGUGUCCUAUUAUAAAUAUACCGUGUAUAUUUGAGCAUAUGCAUUUUGUAGAUACAAUAAUCCUCUCAUUUGCAAACUAAUUGUUGUGAUGUUACUUGAAUUCGUGCUUAG